GAUAAGAUAUAUAAGAUAUUGAGAGAAAAUCACAUACAAACAAGUUCAUGGAUUUUUCCAUUAUUUCAAAUAUGUGCAUGUGUAAUAGAUAUUUUUUUUAUUCAUUGUGUUCACCGAAUUCGAUUACAAUUGAUUAUACCUUGCAUGUUAUGUAAACGAAUGUUAAUAUAAUCUUCUUUGUUAUUGCAUAACAUAUGCAUGCGUAUUAUGCAUAAGAUUAUUUCUUGCUUCAAACUCGCAAGUUCCUUAAUGGAUUAUACAUGUCAGAUCUAUCAGUUCAAAAUUUUCCGUUAUAGAUUAUCUAGUAUAUUUUUUCAUAAGAAGGAGUGGAAACAAAUAGUGGAAAAACUAAAUUGCUGAUAUUGUGAUGAACGAUUAAUAACUCAGAAACAAGAGCUCAUAUAUAUUUUAUUUGAUAUUGUAUUGGUAUCUGAUUAGUGAUAUCAGUGAGUGUUAUUUGAUCAAAAAAUAUUUAUGUAAUUUGAAGCAAAUAGUUGACAGACAAGAUUUCAGUAUAGUAUUUUGCAACAUCAGUAUUAAUUUGUGCUAAACUACAUUAAAAACAAAUUUGGAAAAUGACAGAAAACAUAAGAAGAGAUGUUAAGAAAUCUCUGGAUGGUGGCUGGGGCUGGUUUGUUUGCCUUGGAAGUAGUCUAAUUACGCUUUCUUUGCGUUCUUUGGAUCCAUCUUUUGGGCUACUUUUUCAAGAUCUACUAGAGGACCUUAAUGUAGAUUCUACAGGAACGUCAAUUAUAAUGAGCGUUCUAGAUGCUAUUGUUAAUUUUUCAGGUUUUCUAGUUGGACCAUUAUUAAAAAAAUUUUCUUAUCGACAAGUUGCAUUGCUUGGAUCUCUACUCAGUUGCAGUGGUUUAAUACUUGCAUCAAGAGCUAAUAGUAUGCUUUAUAUUAUUUGCACCUACAGCAUCUUAGGAGGCCUGGGUACUGGCCUUGCGAUGGCUUGUUCCUUCGUCGCGCUGAAUACAUUUUUCGACAAAAAGCGUGGCCAAGCCGUCGGGUUUUCCAUGGCAGGAACUGCAUUGGGAAUGAUGCUCGUGCCAAUGCUAAUACACGUAUUGUUGGAUUUAUAUGGAUUUCGUGGCACAACACUUAUCAUGGGAGGAUGGGCGUUGCAUUCUGUAGUGGGGUCAUGUUUAUUACGUCCACUUAAAGAACAAUCAUUACCAGUGUCAAUCGAAAAAACGCCUGAUAAAGAACAAGAAAACGUAGCCUUAUUGAUGAAAACGAAUUCUACUGGACGGAGGAUGUCGAACGGAUCAAUUUGGACCAAAGAUCAAAAGAUGGAAGAUGAAUCAAAACUCUCAUCUAAAAAUGAAUCUUUCAUACAAAAGAUAAAAGCAACCUUUGAUUUAGAUCUUCUCAAGAAUCCCACGUACUUAAACGUCUCUCUAGGUUGCAGUCUUUACUACGUAACCGAAUCGAAUUUUAAAUUAAUGAUGCCCUUCUUUCUCUCGGAUAUCGGAAUGACGAAAGCGGAGGUCGCUUUUUGUCUAUCCUUGACUGCAUUCCUUGACAUCCUCGCUAGGCUAUUGUUGCCGACGCUUUUCGAUAAGUUUGGCUGGAAGAAGCGUAUAAUCUUUUGGAUCUUCUGUCUCCUCCUUGGAAUUUCUCGUUCUGUAUUAGCGGAACAAUCGGCAAGGAUAUCAUUGAUUAUCAUGUUCGUGAUAGCGGGAUUUUUGCGCGGCGCUACAUUGGUGAAUCUUAAUCUCUGCAUAUCAGAAUGUUGUACUUUGAAGAAGCUACCGAGUGCAUUUGGAAUAUAUAUGGUAUUCAAGGGCUUGUGCGUAGUCACUAUAAGUCCUUUAAUCGGAUAUAUCAGAGACGUCAGUGAUAGUUACAAGAUUUGCAUCCAUAUCAUGACUGCCAUAAUACUCGUUACAUUUGUUAUGUGGAGCAUGGAAUUUUUAUACAAUGUCCUUCACAAACGACAACUUGCAAUAGUUAAAAAAUUACAAAUGCAGAUUGAAUUUAUCGAAAGUGAAGGACAAGUGAGAAUUUCUAGGAAUCGUAUUCUCAUGAAGCAGAAGAGUGAUCAAUAUAAAAUUGAUAAGAUGACACAUGACAAAACAGACCAAGGCUGGGCAUGGGCGAUCGUUAUCGGCGUGAUUGUUAUCAAUUUAGCCGUGCUACCAAUACAACAGUGUUUUGGACUUAUCUUCGCGGAGCGGUUCAAAACUCUCGAUAUCACCGCGACACAGACCACUGUAAUUCUGCAUCUUAACUCAACGAUCAUGUGCAGCUUAGGCCUGAUAAGUGGGCCAAUGAUGAAAAGAUUUGCCUUUCGUCAAGUGGCAUAUUUUGGCGGCUUAACAAUAACUUCCGGAAUCUGCGCCGCUGCGUUUGCCUUUUCUCUUCCGACUCUCAUAAUAUCGUAUUGUAUUAUUAUCGGUAUCGGACAAGGAAUCAUUUAUCCAGCGACAACCUUAGCUCUAAACACGUAUUUUCGCAAGAAGCGCAACGUAGCUAUGGGUUUUUCGGUUACAAUGACCGGUUUGGGUCCAAUCUUGAUGCCUCUUUUGAUAGAUGUGCUUCUCGAGAAUUAUGCCACGACCGGCACUCUUUUGAUCCUUGCCGGGAUUGCCACACAUUCUUUCAUCGGUGCAUCGUUAUUAAAACCACUUGAAAAGCAGAAAGAGCAGAUUAUUCUGGUAAAUAAAACUACUGAUAUAUUGAAGGAAGAAAAGAUUUCGAAAAAAAUAGAGACUUCAUGUGCUGAGAACGAGGCAACUUUACAAGAUGAUAUUGUUCAAUGUGGGUUAUUAAAUAACGAAGAUGCGGAAGAGGAAAGGCAAUCGAAUCAUCGUUUGGAAAAUAGUAAAACAAAAGUGAAUAAAAGUGGAGAAGCUUUGUUUUCCAAAAAAAUUGCCACGAAUUUGGAUCUCGAUCUUCUUCAUGACAGUUGUUACAUAGCCAUAAUAUUAGGUAUGAGUAUCUCGUUGGUGGCGGAAACGAAUUUCAACGCGAUGAUACCUUUCGUCCUGGCCGAAUUGGCGAGCCUUGAUAGAACGUCGAUAGCUACUGUGCUAUCGAUUCAAGCUGUCGCGGAUAUCGCAGGACGACUUUGUGUGCCACUGUUAGCACAAAAAGCCGGCUGGACGUGCAGGAACCUUUACGUGAUAUCCCUGCUGGGAUCGAUUCUUGGAAGGACUAUUCUAUCGACAUGGGGUACUUCCUACAUCAUUGUGAUCGGAGUAUCCUUGAUUGUCGGAUUGGCUAAAGGAACCAAGGCUGUCUUCCAAGCUCUAAUUCUUCCCGAUUACGUACCAUUAGAGAGAUUGCCGUCUGCAUCCGGCAUUCAGAUGGUCUGCAACGGCAUCCUGUCUAUUAGCGUGGGACCAAUUAUUGGUUUAGUACACGAUUUAACAGACAGUUACGUAGGUGCACUGUAUUUUACAUCUCUUCUCAGCCUGUCCUGUGUUUUCUUAUGGUCCAUAAGUGGACUUUGGACUCCUCGUAAGAAUAUUUUAAAAUUGACUCAACGAAAUCCAGAAGAAAAUUCUCAAAAUGUUUAAAAUUAAUUUGAUAGCGUU